AUGGCCGCUGCAACGAUUAACCCAAAGGCUUUCCCGCUUGCGGACGCUGAAUUAACAAAUCAGAUACUCGAUCUGGUCCAGCAAGCUAUGCACUAUAAACAGUUAAAAAAAGGUGCUAACGAAGCUACAAAAACACUUAAUCGUGGUAUGUCAGAAUUCAUCGUGAUGACCGCUGAUGCACAACCAAUAGAGAUUUUAUUACAUCUACCAUUAUUGUGUGAAGACAAAAACGUUCCAUAUGUUUUCGUCCCUUCAAAAACCGCUCUUGGCCGCGCUUGUGGUGUCUCUCGUGCUGUUAUUGCCGCUUCAAUUACUAGUAAUGAAGCUUCGGAACUUAGACCUCAAAUUCAGGCCAUUAAAACUCAAAUUGAAAGAUUAUUAAUAUGA